CCAUCCUUUCAAUCUCUCUCAACCCUCCUCCAUCAUCCCCCCCCGCUCGCCUCCUCACCCUUCCCCUCCCUCUCUGCAUCUCAGUUGCUGUGAAGAGAAAAAGCAGGAAGACGCUUGCUCUCACAGACACUUGAGGAAAAGAGGAAAAAAAAAAUAGCAAGUGCAGCUCCUGCUGGGUGUUUGCAUGCACGUUUGCUGGCUUUAAAUAGACCCUCACGCUCGUGGAGCGCCACGGUAGCCAUGGCCGGAAUACCUGCUGAUGAUGUGCUGCGGGGACGUGAUGAAAACCUCUUACGCUGAUGGAAACUGACAGCAGACAGCGACAAAGUUUAAUCAUGAUGGAAGACAGAGUGAUUUGUCCCAAGCUGAAACAUCGCUCAUCCGCCUCUCUGCACCGCAGCACUGCUCUCUGAAGGAUACAACGCCCUUGACAUAUCGCGGCACGCAUGACAACCUGGCACAGACAGAAGUGAGCGUUUUUCUCUUGUUGCCUGGAAGACAACAGGGCCAGCACUACGGGGACAAGGUGUCAGCACAAACCCACUCAGUACGGCUGCAAUAACAAAUGAGCUUUUAUUUGUGAAGUUAACAGUGCUAACGGUGGACUCCGUGAGGGCCAAUUACUGACUGAAGGGAAUAUGAGAGCCAAGAUGAAGGAGACAGCCAUGGUGGCUUGUUUACUUGCUGAGCUUUCCCUGGUUCUGGCCUCAGAGGGCGCUCCUCCCUGCCCCGCAUCGUGUCGGUGUGAGAUACGACCCUGGUUCUCCCCCAGCUCUGUUUACAGCGAGGCUGCCACUGUGGACUGUAAUGACUUGGGCCUCUCAAACCUCCCGUACAGACUCCCUUCAGAAACACAGGUUCUGCUGCUGCAGACCAACAAUAUUGUUGCAGUCCAGAAAACGUUGGAAGACUUGGCAAACCUGACGGAAAUCGACUUGUCUCAGAAUAACAUUUCCUUGAUGAGAGAUGUUUAUCUGGGGUCUCUUCCUCAGCUGCUGUCCCUCCACAUGGAGGAGAACUGGAUUGAGGAGCUCUCUGACAGCUGCCUCGCCUCCCUGGCUAACCUUCAGGAGUUCUACAUUAACCAUAACCUCAUUUACUCCAUCAGCUCCAAGGCCUUUCAAGGCCUGAGCCGGCUGCUGAGGCUCCAUCUCAAUUCCAAUCGACUGACGCGCAUCGACAGCCGAUGGUUUGAGCCGCUUACCAACCUGCAGAUAUUAAUGCUUGGAGAAAACCCUAUUGCCAAGUUGUCAGACAUGAACUUCAAACCGCUGCUCAACCUUCGGAGCCUCGUGCUUUCCAGAAUCAACCUGACUGAGAUCCCUGAUGACGCACUGGUCGGACUGGAAAACCUGGAGAGCAUAUCCUUUUUUGACAACCUGCUCAGCAGAGUACCCAGGUUGGUCCUGAGAAGAGUCAAGAAUCUCAAGUUUCUGGAUCUGAAUAAAAACCCCAUAGAGAGGCUCCAGGGUGGAGACUUCAUGGACAUGAUGCAUCUGAAGGAGCUCGGUAUCAACAGCAUGCCUGAGCUUGUGUCAAUAGAUGCCUUUGCUUUGAAUAAUCUGCCAGAGUUGACAAAAAUUGAGGCAACAAACAAUCCGAGGCUGUCCUACAUCCACCCUAGAGCCUUCGACAAGCUUCCCCGUCUGGAGACACUGAUGCUGAACAGCAAUGCCCUCAGCGCACUCCACCAAAGAACGAUGGAGUCCUUGCCUAACCUGCAAGAGGUGAGCCUGCACAGCAACCCCAUACGCUGUGACUGCGUCAUUCGCUGGAUCAACAUGAACAGAACUGCCGUCCGCUUGAUGGAGCCAGAUUCUCUAUUCUGCAUGGAUCCGCCAGAGUACAACGGCCAGCGCGUUCAACUGGUUCACUUCCGAGAGAUGACCGAGAUUUGCCUGCCUCUGAUCUCAACUUCGAGCCUACCGAGUGAUGUGGAGUUGCAACAGGGAAGCUCGCUGUCGCUUCACUGCCGAGCGUUUGGAGUGCCGGAGCCAGAGAUCUACUGGGUGACACCUUCAGGCGACAGAGUCUCUCCCGGCAGCGUGUCUGAAAAGUAUUACCUGCACCCAGAAGGAACCUUCGACAUCUAUGAUGCAUCGACACGAGAGGCUGGCACAUACACCUGCAUCGCCCACAAUAUUGUCGGUGCAGAUCUCAAGUCGGUCACCGUGGUCGUGGAUGGAUACCAUUAUCAUGACGAGACCUUGCAUGUCUACACCACCUCUGUUCAGUCGCACUCUGUUUUAGUCUCAUGGGAAAGCUCAGGGCGCCUAGUUUCCCAGCUCCAUUGGUCAGCCUUGGACAACAACAGCGUUGUCUCAACGCCACUAAUGGCACGGCUUCCUGCUGACAUCAGAGAGUUCCACAUAAAGCAGCUCAAAUCGUCGACUCGAUACCAGGUUUGCGUCGAGGUAACUGGUCCUGUUUAUAGCAGGGACUGCAUCAACGUCACCACAAUGAUGGAAAUCAUCCCCAUGAAGCAAACACUCACCAUGGAUGGACCAGAGGUUGCUGUCUGUGCUCUGUUACUAAUAGUGGCUGCUGUAGCUUUCGCAGUUAUCUAUAUGUCCUUGUACAAUCGAGUGUUUUACACAAAAAUGACAGCUGAAUUAGAGGCUUUGUCCUCCUUCAAUACCUACGUGGAAUGUGCUGUAUCAGGGAUAAAAGUCACGGCAACUGUAAUCGAAGUACCAGAAGAGUCCAUAUAACUGAUGAAUGGGAUGUAGUUGACAUGGACAGUGGAACUUUCGUCUUUUUCUUUUCGGGAGCUUCAGACGUUUGCACAAAACACACAGCAGGGUUGCUGACGAACUAUAAAACAAUGUAACCACUCUGUGUUAUAAGAAGCCUCAUACAGCAAAAAAAAGUCUCUAUAAUCUGCCAGUUUCUGCUGAGUAAAUAAAGGAACUGCUUCUGUACUUUGCUGUGUUAGAAUAAACGAUGCCAAAUGAGGACAAUGACCGGAAUCAAAGCUCUUGUUGUCGUUGUUGAUGUUGUUGUUGUUUUCUAGUGGAAAAUAACAGCCACUGCUAUGUACACAGUUUUCUGAUCAACAAAUGUUUUACAAUAAACUUGUGUGGAAAACCCUUCCUGAGAAUCUCUUUGAAUGGACGAGAAAAAAAAGCAUUGUUUUCCC